GUUUGUAGCAAAGUUUGUGUGGUACCCCCAUGUCAUUUCUGCGGUACAAAAAUGAAGUUUUGGACAAAAUUACAGAUUUGAAUGGCAUCGAUGAGGGGGCUGCACGAGAGAUCAUAAACGGCAUCUUGAAAAUGGACAAAAAUGCAGAAGACUACCAUUUUCAUGUUCAGUUAGGGUUUGAAAUUGCGCAGAAGAUGAAGAAAAGAACGAAAGUGCUUAUAGCACUGUGGGAAAGAGGCAACUUUCAGAUACGCAAAGCCAUAUUUGAGAUCCUAAAAGAUGAAAACUACAAUAAUAAGGAGCUAAUGGCCUCUUUUGAGGUUAUAAAGUUCAGGAUGGGGCACUAUGUGAAUAAAGAGCGACUCCAGAUGUUAUUGGCGGUGAUCAACGCUAAGUUGAGAGGCAAAAUAGCCAAAAUAUUGGAGUUUUACGGUUUUUAUACGAAGGGUUUCGUGUAUAAGCCGAUGAAAGAGUGGAUAUGGAACUAUUGGGAUCUUUGUUGCGAAGAUGUGUACGAGAUUGACGAUGUGUUUAUCAAGGAAAUAGGAUCAUCGGGUAGGGCCAAAAAGCUGAAGAUCGCACAAAAUACGGGUCAAAUAAUUAUUAAAGUAUGUGAUGGGGGCAUAAAUACGAAAGAGGUGGUGUACCGCCAUACCUUAGAGGAACUUGAUGACAUCAAAAUGAUAAAGCAAGGAAGGUAUUCUGAGCUGGUAUCAAUGAAAAGAGGCCGGCACAGCAUAGAUGGUUUUGCCUAUUUUUGUCUAGGAGACUACCACAAUGCACGAAAAGCAUUACUCACUGGGCAGAAACAUGCUAGAUAUGAUGAAGAAUAUUCCGAUUAUACGAAUAAGCUGUUAUUAUUGGAUAGGAUUGCUCAUAUUAGCGGAGUGUAUCCCAACAUCUCUGUGAAGUUCAAUAACGAUUGGCAGCGGAACAGAAUCGAGCGGCAAAUCCGAUUCAGAAACUGCUGUGACAGAUACAGGGAUUUCAAAAAUUUUGUAUCGAUGAGUUUUAGCGAUUUUCGGACACGUAUGAUUGACCUCAGUCAGCACAUUUAUCUCUUCUAUUGUAGGGACGGCAAGCUGGUAAUUUAUGAUUGCAAGAACAAUUUUAAGGUCAAGGCGGACAUCGAAAUUAAUGAAAAGAUCGUGGCAUUGCGCAUGCUUUUGAACAGGUCGAAAGAAACCAUCAAGAGGAAGGUAGCAAAUCCAGAAGAUGUAAAGAGAUGGUGGAUCGAUAGGUAUAGCAUUGACAGCGACCUUGGAAAGCUGAUAUCAUUCAAGUUGAACUACAGAUUCGAAAAGAAUAUCACCAUAUGUCUGGAUGAGAAUUUGACAGAGUUUCCUUUCGAACGGACAUAUGAGCUAAGCAAGUGCAACGUAUCCCGGCUUUCAUGCUCAGAAUAUGCCUUUAGGAACCAAAAACAUCUGGCAUUACGGAAUCUGAAGAUUAGUUGCAUCGCAGGUGGUGUGAAUCUAGGGAAGACAGAACAACGAAUAUCUGUGUUUACAGAGAAGCAUGGCAUGGAUACAGCUGUAUCAGAAAAGACAGACAUUUUUGCUUAUUUUGGACAUGGUAGCGGUGUAAAGCAUAUCCAGAUGCACACUCCAUCGGUGUUGUUGCUCUUUGGAUGCUCGAGCGUGAAAUUGAUAGAAAGGCAAAAUUUCCAAAAAGUAGGCGUUCCCGUCAAAUAUUUGAGCACUGCUCAGGUGAUUCUAGGAUGUCUGUGGGAUGUUACUGAUUAUGAUAUAGAUAUGUUUGGAAUGAACCUAAUUGAGCUUAUAAGCAACGGCGAGACGAUCCAUCAGGCGGUAAGCAAAGCAAUAUGUAAGAUGAGGCUUAUAUGGCUUAACGGGGCUUCUAUUGUCGUUUAUGGUGCUAUGAACACCAGCUAAGCUGUUUACAUAUAAUUACGCCGUGAAUUGCUGCUCAAGUAGAAAUUCAGCGGUUGCUUUUGCAGUAGUGAACAGAAUUUGGCUAUUUACACAGUUUUUCGUAGUUUUGCUCCUUAGUUUCCUCACAUAAUUACUAGUGCCUGCUUGUGUGGUAAGUAUUUAUAAAAUUGAGGCCACCAUGUACUCAUCCUUAGCCCAGCAAGCUGUAGAUAGACUGAUGUUGGAAGGAAGGGCAAUACUCCUAAAGGAAGCAAAAUCUUUUUCUCAUUGCCCUUGAUUAGUUCUGAAUUAAGCUCUCGUCCCCUCACAAUAUAAUAAACCUACUCGGUACCAUUACACCCAUUUAAAGAGCACCUGCAAUAAAAUUUUAAUUACAUUUUAUUUUAUUAGAGCAAAA